AUGCUUUCAGGACAAAAAUGGAAUUAUAUUAUGGAAAAUUCGAAUGAUUCAAAUGAAGUUGUUGAUAAUAAUACAAAUGAAAUAGCUAUAAAUAGUAAUAAUAGUGAAAAGAAUGCGGACGAAACUAUGGACUAA